UUGAAAUUACCAUAUACUAAUUCCAUGAAUUUGGAGUUUAAAAAAAUAGUUCUUAUUAGAUAUGUUUAUAAUGCUAUGUUAGUGUUUGAUUGGACAGCAAACUCACAACCAAUGACAACGUAGACAUCACAUGGUCUUGCUGUAUAUACAAUGUUAUACAUAUUACAUCCUACUAUUCUUAUACCUUUUCCUUUCAUACUAAAUUAAUAUACAUAUAAUAUUCCGUUAAUCCAUACAAACCCCUGUCUUUUAGUCCUCUAUAUAAAAUCUCAUUCGCUAAUAGACAUAAAGGCACAGAAAAAAAAAAAAGCAAAAAAGAACAAAGUUUAAGAGAGUUAUUUGGCAAAAAUGUCAAAGCCAGAAGUGAAUGAAGAAUCCCAACAAAUAGAGGAGCAGCAAGGGAGGAGAGACUACGUAGAACCACCCCCAGUUCCUCUACUAGACGUGGCAGAGCUAAAACGUUGGUCGUUUUACAGAGCUCUUAUAGCUGAGUUCAUAGCUACACUCCUUUUCCUUUAUGUCUCAGUAGCUACAGUCAUAGGCCACAAGAAACAACCCAACGACUGUGAUGGAGUUGGUCUUCUUGGCAUUGCUUGGGCCUUUGGGGGCAUGAUCUUCGUUCUUGUUUACUGCACUGCUGGAAUUUCUGGUGGUCAUAUCAACCCAGCAGUAACACUGGGGCUGUUCCUGGCGAGAAAGGUAUCGUUGGUGCGAGCGGUGGCGUACAUGGUGGCACAGUGCUUGGGAGCCAUAAGCGGCGUGGGAUUAGUGAAAGCCUUCAUGAAGCACGACUAUAACACCUUCGGAGGUGGAGCCAACACCAUUGCCCCUGGCUACUCCAAAGGCACAGCUUUGGGCGCUGAAAUCAUUGGUACUUUUGUGCUUGUUUACACCGUUUUCUCAGCCACCGACCCAAAGAGAAGCGCACGUGACUCCCACGUGCCUGUUUUGGCUCCCUUACCAAUUGGGUUUGCCGUGUUUAUGGUUCACUUGGCUACUAUCCCUAUUACCGGCACUGGCAUCAACCCUGCUAGGAGCUUUGGCGCUGCAGUCAUUUUCAACAACGAGAAAGCUUGGGACGAUCAGUGGAUUUUCUGGGUUGGACCAUUCAUUGGGGCACUGGCAGCAGCAGUGUAUCACCAAUAUGUGCUGAGAGCAUCAACCAUUAAAGCAUUGGGGUCGUUCCGCAGCAAACCCAGCAACUGAGAUAUGGUGUUUCCUUCAAAAUUCUAUGCUAUUAUUAGUUUUUUUUAAUGGUCACGUGUAUUUAACUUGAUUAAUUUAUUGUUAGCCUAUGGUUAAUUUUCUGUAUCUGUAUGAUUUUUCCCUUAUCAAUUCUAUAAUUUAUCAUAUCGCGUUAUAAAUAAAUAUCAUCUUCAUAAUUAGUCAACGAGUUAAAAUUGCAUGGUAGUUUAUAAUAAAGAUUGCAGAGAUGGGAUGGACGAACGACAAAAACUUCACCAAAGCAAUGGACUAAUGGAGCGAUUAAUGAAAAAA